GGAACGAGAAAAAACCGAGCCGACCGACUUUUUUUACACAGCAAAAUAUGUCAAACAAAUGGUGUGCGAGUGUGAACAUAAAAUUCUACUUCAUCCUAUUUUCUGCCUAAUAUUUUGCCAAUAGGUUCGUUUCGUUAUGUUAGCUACUAAUUUAAUGCGUUCUAUUGUUUAAUUACCGCCAAUAUGCUUUUAAUAACUUUUUGAAGUCACCCAUAAUCAAUAGUCAUCGAGUAAUCUUGGCCACAAAUCCACCACUACAUACCUUUUCGCGUUCAUUAGUCGUCCUUGUAAACGUUUGCAAUCAUGAAUUUCGAAAAUAACAGUGCUAGUAGUGGAUAUGUUACGACGGAAACUAUCUACGGCACACAUGAGGAUUCUCAUGUAGUGAUGUCAGAGAAGGUUCAGUCGCUGGCGGGGAGCAUUUACCAGGAAUUCGAGCGAAUGAUAGCUCGCUACGAUGAGGACGUUGUCAAAACACUGAUGCCACUCCUGGUAAAUGUGCUGGAAUGUCUAGACUCUGCAUACCAGUCGAACCAGGAGCAUGAAGUGGAGGUGGAGCUGCUCCGCGAAGACAACGAACAGCUGGUCACUCAGUACGAGCGCGAGAAGGCUGCCAGGAAGCAUGCGGAACAGAAGCUAUUGGAAGCUGAAGACCAAUAUGAGGGUGAAAGAAAGGAGCUCACAGGUCGCCUGGAAGCUCUGGACAGCAUAGUCAGGAUGCUCGAACUUAAGCAUAAGAACUCACUUGACCACGCCAGCAGACUUGAGGAACGAGAGAAUGAACUUAAAAAGGAAUAUGCGAAACUACACGAUCGAUACACGGAGUUGUUCAAGACCCAUAUGGAUUACAUGGAGCGGACGAAGCUGCUGCUCAGUACGGCCAGUGAGCGCAGCGAGGUGCGUGGGCGGCUCGGCCUCAACCCCGUCGGCAGGUCCAGUGGCCCAAUAUCAUUUGGGUUUGCUUCGCUGGAAGGCUCAGUCCAUGUGGUGGAACAAACAGAGAGCAUCCCUGGAAGCCCUGUCAGUCUGUCUUCUUCGCCAUCAUCACCUCCCAUCGGCUCGGAACUAGCUGCCGUCAGGACCAUGGAGAGAGCUCACCAGACAGAUCCAAUCACGCAGCAAAGUCAGGCCACAUCGCCGGUUGCGCCUCCGUCAGGAUCCGUCAGUAAGUCGCAGACCAAGAGUGAGAAGCGCAGUGGCAACACGUUGUACCAGGAGCUGGCCUUCCACGACACCGACGCCAGCAUGGCUGAGGGAGACGACGGAGCUGACAUUACAGGAAGCUGGGUCCAUCCUGGUGAAUACGCAUCUUCAGUCAAUGAUAACUAUUUUGGAAUGGGCAAGGAAGUCGAAAACCUCAUAUUGGAAAACAACGAGCUACUGGCUACCAAGAAUGCCUUGAACGUGGUGAAGGAUGACCUGAUAGUGAAGGUGGAUGAGUUGACGGGUGAGCAGGAGAUACUGAGAGAGGAAGUAGCUAACCUAAGCGCUGCCCGGGAGACCCUCAGGGAGAGGGUCACUAUGCUGGAGGAGGAACUGCGUCACUUGAAGGAGGUGGUGGCCAACAAUGCCGGCGGAGGCGAGAACGAGGAUGAGGCAGACGUGCCCAUGGCGCAAAGACGCCGCUUCACCAGGGUCGAGAUGGCUCGCGUGCUCAUGGAACGCAAUCAAUACAAGGAACGUUUCAUGGAAUUGCAAGAUGCCGUGCGCUGGACGGAGAUGGUGCGCGCCAGUCGUGUAGACUCCACAAUGGAUAAGAAAAACAAGCAGAGUAUCUGGAAGUUCUUCAGCAACCUCUUCAGUACGGGGGAGCGGCCACAGCGGCCGUUGUCGACGCCGCAUCUGCGCGCGGUGGCGGCGCCGCAACCGGCCAUGCGGCAUUCGCGCACGCAGGCCGACUUCCUCGAGACGCAGCUCUCAGACCACCACCAUCGGCGACACGAGAGGAGCGAGCAGUUCCGACAGGUGCGGGCCCACGUACGCAAGGAGGACGGGCGCACGCACGCGUAUGGCUGGAGCCUGCCAGGCAAGAGCGGCCAGAGCCAGAAGGGGCCUAGCUCCUGCACCUCCCUGUCUUCAGGAGGAGUUCCUGUCCCAGUGCCUGUGUUCUGCAGACCGAUAGCGGAGAGCGAGCCGCGGAUGACAUUGCUUUGCGCCGCCGGGGUCAACCUGAACGGCGGGAGGACGCCAGACGGCGGCUGCAUGAUCGGAGAGAGCGUCUUCUAUGCCAAGGAAGAAGACAACCCACGUAGCUUGGCUUAUGAAAUGAGCAAGGCUGCGCAAACGCAUUCCCCUGAGAUUGAGCAGAUCGACCGUCAGCUGCAGUCGACUCAGACGGUUGAACACUCAGAGAAAAACCUGUCUUCCCUGGUGUGGAUCUGCUCCAGCACACGGUCCCAGGGGACCGUCAGAGUAAGUAUCAUUGACGCGAAUAAUCCAGCAGAAGUGAUCGAGUCGUUCCCGACAAUUGACAAACACAUUCUGUGCGUUGCGUCGGUGCCGGGCGCUGAAGAGGAAGACUACAGGGAACAUGAAGAGAGAGCGUCCAUGGAAAACGAGAUUAAACGGCAUUCGCAAUCUCUAUUCUGUGUGGGCAAGAGUGAUUCAGCGGAGAGCCAGAGCAACGGACUGCCCGGCUCCGUGGGCAGUAACUCCGGAGAAGCCACUGACAAGGAAGUAGUUGUCGGAGCGACGCGACUGGUGCAAGCCACAAUCCUGACGCCUCCAAGCACGCCCGAGAAGGAGCCGGAGCCCGAGGAGGCUGAAGAGCCUCAGGGUUCCCCCCGCGAAGACACGGACAAGGGCGACGUACCCGCGCCUGAAAGUCCGCCGCUCAGCUCCACCCCCGUCAACCAAUCUGACCUUAAUAUAUCUUCCCCGGAGCAGGCAUAUGAUGCUUUUGCCCAGGAAGUGACGAGCCGCAACCAAGACCGUGAACGAAAGAUGUCUACCGUAAUGGCGACUAUGUGGCUCGGCACCAAAAGCGGCAACUUGUAUAUACACUCCGCCAUGGCUAACUACAGAAAAUGUCUGGCCAGGGUGAAGUUGAACGACGCAAUCCUGUCGAUCGUGGCGUGUUCGUCGCGCUGUAUCGUGGCGCUGGCAGAUGGCACGGUAGCCAUAUUCGCGCGGCUGGCUGACGGACAGUGGGACCUGUCACAGUACUGGCUCUUGGCACUCGGUGAUCCUAGAUAUUCAGUGCGCUGCCUGAGCGCUGUGGGGUGCACAGUGUGGUGUGGCUACCGUAACAAGGUGCACGUGAUCGAUCCUCGCUCGAGGACGGUGUUGCACUCGCUCGAGGCACACCCGCGGCAGGAGAGCCAGGUGCGACAGAUGGCUUGCGACGGUGACGGCGUAUGGGUGUCAAUAAAAAUGGAUUCGACUCUGCGCUUAUACCACGCGCAUACAUACCAACACCUGAAGGACGUGGAUAUUGAGCCGUAUGUAAGCAAGAUGCUCGGCACCGGAAAGCUGGGCUUCUCCCUGGUGCGCAUCACGGCGCUGCUGAUCAGUUCGGGGCGCCUGUGGAUCGGCACCAGCAACGGCGUCGUCAUCUCCGUGCCACUCUCCGACAGCUCAAGCCGCGAUUCCGUUGGAGGUUCCCUAUCGUCAGGGGGAAAAGUACCAGGGGGUGCAAUUCCGUGGUGUUCGAUGGCGCAUGCGCAGCUCAGUUUCCACGGGCAUCGCGAUGCGGUGACAUUCUUCGUGGCAGUACCGGGCGCCGGAGGCUCCCCCGCCCGCACCCCGGACUCCCCGCGCCACCACACCCCUACGCAGCCACCCAUGCUCGUCAUCUCGGGCGGCGAGGGGUACAUCGACUUCAGAAUAGCUGAUUCAGAGAUGGAAGACAGCGUUGUGGUGGCAGAGGACGGGUCUUCGAGUGGACAGAGCUCGCUGGUGGAGCGCGCCAAUAAGAGUCACCUCAUCGUGUGGCAGGUGACCCCCGCCUAACGGUCGGCGCGCCGGCGCAUCGACUCUGACUCGGACUAUGUCUACGUGUGCGUCUCCACCAAACCCGCCACCACGUUCCACGCGUAAGUCCCGUGAAUAGGACGGCCUUGGGAAUGUAUUGAGCGUUCGUAUUUCCAAAAUUCACACUAUUGCUCAAGCGACACCCUUAAUGUGUGCGACAUAUGACAAACGAAGUACAAGAAUGGUGCUUAUGAAAGUGCAAUAAUAGAUAAAUUACGUAUAAAACUUGAACUACUUCUAUUAAUGACUUCAACAAUAAGGGAAUUUAAAUGUUCAAUACUUUCUCAAUAACCGAGAGGAUUUUUGUAGGAAGCAAGGUCUGUGUUUCUAAUUACUUAAGAGUUUGGUUGCAAUUCACUUUACGAAUUGUUUUAGUGUUGGUCCUUCAAAAUCCAUUUUUACCUAUUCACAUACUUACAUUUUCGGGGUACGCUUACUUUUUUAAUAUUCAAAACAUUAAUAAUCUAGAAACUUAGAAGAUAACUAUCUCACGUUGUUAGCCUCACUUUAGAUGCCAAUCAAUCUUUUCCACUCAAUAUAUGCUUGUACGCGUACCCUGAAAGAUCAACAUCUCGCCAAAAUGUGUGUGUAUGUGUAUUUGUUGUCACAUUCGGUAUUCAAGAUUGCGCACGAAGUUAGACCGAGAAGCGGUGCACGGCACUAUGGACUUUGUUUACAUAAUCAUUAUAAUUGAUACAUUUACCAUUUAUCACGUGUGCUUAUUUAUUAGUGAUCUUAUUUCGCGCUUGAGAUUAUUUGAAGGAUAUUGCUCAUGUAAGGAGUGCAAUUGUGUAGCGUGUGGUUAGUUUGUGUGCGGUAUUUAUGUCUACUGUUGAAGGAAACUAGACUGUAUUGCCAUAAUAUCAACGAGAUAUUCUAUCGGAGUGCUACAUGGCGAAGUGGGCGUUGUUAUAUUAAAUUAUAUUUUUGGCGACUUUAGUCUAAGCAUAAUCUCAAGUAGAUGUAAUCGUUUAGUCGACAAAUAACAUUUUUUUAAAACAAAUUCCGAGUACGUAUAAACCUACUUAGCUUAAUAAUCGGAUUUAUAGUAUUUUAGAUUUGUUUGUCAUAUUGUAGAAAAUGAAAAAUAAAAAUAAAGGUUCUGCGUUCAAUUUUACUAUAAAAAUGAUUACCCAUCAAUAAACUUUGACUGUGACUUUGACUUUAUAUUUAUCCAUAAUAAAUAAGUUAAAUAAAUGAUUCUGAUUUGUAAUUGAUUAAAAACUUAUCUUUUUAUUAACUUUAUUUGCGAUGUUAUUUAAAGGUACGUUUUUACAAAAAUACCAAUCAAGUAAAAAAGCACUCAAAAUAAUUUUAAACGGUCUCCGAGGGCAUUUGAAGUGCGGAUACAUUUUAUCCAUGUCAAGCAACAUUGGUAGUCUCAGUAUCCCUGACACCAGGGUUGUUGAGGUUGGUAAUCCACUUCACAACCCACACAAUAGAAGAAGUCUCAGUAUCCCGGUUAUCGGUAUAUACAGGGUGUUAGUGACAUCGUAACGAAUACUAAGGGGGAUGAUUCAGACCAUGAUUUUGAGGUAAUAUCAAGUGGAAUUUUCCGUCGCAAAAUUCACGUUUUUUUUUUUAGUUUUUAUUAAAUAUUUUCAAUUCUAUACUUUUGCGAUGAAAUAUUCCACUUGAUAUUAACUCAGAAUAAUAAGCUGAAUCAUCCCUCUCAGUAUUCGUUACCAUGUCACUAACAUCCUGUGCAAGUACAUACAGAUAGCAAUACAAGUAGGUAUAGGUGUUAGUGACACCGUAACGAAUACUGAGGGAGAUGAUUCAGAACAUGAUUCUGAGUUGAUAUCAAGUGGAAUUUCCUGUCGAACAAUUCAUGAAAAUGUUUGUUUUUUUUUUAAUUAUUUUCAGUUCCAUAUUUUUGCGACGGAAAAUUCCACUUGAUAUUAACUCAGAAUCAUGGUCUGAUUCAUCCCUAAAAGUUUUCGUUACGAUGUCACUAACACCCUGUAUAUCCAGGUUAGUGCUAACUAACCUACUACCCAGAUUUAUUUUUAUUUUAUUAUUUUAAUCUGUACUUUAAAUGCUUUCAGAUACCGUUUGAAAUUGUUUCGAGUGUUUUUUUACUUAUUUAUUAGUUUGUAAAAACUUA